AUGCCAGCAAUUCCCAUUGUGACCACCUUCCUAGAGCAUUUUCUUGUGGAUCGUGCUACUGCUUCGCCCCCUAACAUGACAACUGCUGCAAGUUCCCCAUCUCUCGAGGUUGUUUGCGCCUGGCCGGUUUCCGGUCAAUACGGUCCGGGGACCCGAGUCCUAUACUAUGUGUUGAUUGCAGCCUGUGUCGUCGCUCGCAAAGUAGAAUGGAUUCGGAACGCCUGUCUGGCCGCUGUGUUACUCUUCCCCGCUAUCGCAGCUCUUCACGGGAUUGUGCUUGCUGCGCUUCAUGUCGACGGCGCUGUCGAUAUGGAUGUCUAUGGGGCAUUCCAGCUGUGCGCAAUCGGCAUCUUAACCGCCCCAGCGACCGUCAGGCUGUCCCGGACCUACUUCAACAACCCCGGCCGUGAUAUAAUCUUUCUUUGGACAGUCCUUCUCCUAGCUGGGCUAGUGAGCUUAAUUGUGGAAUUCAUGCGCCUCAAACCCACUAUUUGCCCAGGUGACGACCCAGCAAGCAUUUACUGGGCCUCAACAUGGGGCAAAAAAGGUGGUGUGUUUAACUAUGACUCCAACUGCAGCAUUGCUUGUACCACGGAGAAUGGCCCAGUCUCACCGCUGCGACUAAACGCAGCCAACAAUAUCUACGUGAUUCCAGUGCCAUAUGAGCUGUCAUUCAAUGCUACUACGCUCAUUGCGGCUGCAUGCUGCAUCCCUGCCAUUCUGUCGUUGGUAUCCAUGUGGAUCAAAAUCUUGGACGAUAAUUGGGAGAAGUUCUCAAAUGCAAAACUUAAGCAAAAGCCAGAUGAGCCCAUUCUGGGAACCAAUGGAGCUACCAUCAACCACAUGACUGGGAUUACCGACAAGUUAAGCAAAUGGCCAAUGAGCCACCAAACAGAGCCUAUACAAAGCAUUGGUCAAUGGGCGCCAAUCGUUGGUACUGCACUCGCUGUGUUGGGAUCACUGUAUCUCCUCCUCUCUGCAGAUAUGGAAGCCGCGGGAAAGGAAGAUGGGCAACAAGAAGAGACUGUUGCAGGAAAAUGCCCAAAUUGCGAUUGUGCUGUUUCAGACACCGGAAGCAGUACUCGACCAGACUCCAGAACAAGUGCCGAGAGACAGGAACCCGAUAUUGAAAUGACAGCCAUACGCCGCCCUACUACCAAUCAAACCAUUACCACUCAGCCCGAUCUAGGAAGACGAAAGGUUGCCCGCUUCUUUAAUACAGCAAGUAAUAUUAUGACCGCCAAAGCCCACAACCAAAUCGAGAAAACGGGGUUCAAACCCGAAGCGAAAACAACUUACCCCGAGACCCCGGGAGAAGAAUACAAAAACAUACAUCUCCAAAAUCAGAGAGACAAAUACAAAAGGUCAUCUACACCCGAUAACCGAUCAAAAGCUGGGAGUUUCAUAAGCAGCAGGGAUUCCGUGGAUAAUGGCGAAGGCAGCUCAAGGAGGCCCCGGAGUCCAACACGUCGUUCAGUGCCUACCCCAGCUGCCUCGCGGCCAAGAUCCCGUCAAACUCACUCAAAUUCGCUCCCAAGUGGAGGAAUAUUUGAGACAUCAACUUUGCAGUGUCCUCCUGUGGCCGCGCCUGGGGGGUGGAAACGACAAUUGAGUCCGUUCGGUAUAAUGCCGAUCUCGCGAAGUAGAGCACCAUCUAUUUCCGAGGUCAGUCCCACAACUUCAUCACCGGGGCUUCAGUUUCCCCCGGAGAUAGUGAUAUCCGCCCACGAAGGUAGUUGA